UCAGGAGUGAUGUGGGCCUCGGUGUUGCGUCGAUAAGAAGACACCCGACUGUUUGCAACAACAAUGAAUCCAAAGAUCAGAUAGACAGUCAUGAAGCUUCAGCUGGACCUGCUGUGUUUUUGCCUGCUGUGUUUCACUGGAAAAACUCUUUGUGAUGAAAAAGGACCAGCGGCCAUCAAAGUGUUGGUGUCAGAAGGGAGUGAUGUCACAUUACCCUGUUCCCUCAGCACCAAGGAGAACAUCGAGCAGAAACUCUUUGUCUGGAUGAAAGAUGAUGGUAUGAUGGGGGUGUUCAUGUAUGAUGAAGGCCUCCAUUACAACAAUGGUGGUUCAGGUCAAGAUGAGCAGUUCAAAGGUCGAGUCUUUCAUUUCCAAGAUGAGCUGAAACACGGCAACGCCUCCAUCAUCAUCAGAAAUACAAAGAUGGCUGACAGUGGAGACUACACCUGCUUUUUUCCACUUCUUCAGACGCCUCAAAUAUUCCACAUUGAUCUUGUUGUUGUUUCAUCUCCAAAGCCAUCUGUCACAGUCCUCAAUGUCAAACUUGAUUGGAUGCAGCUGCAGUGUGUUGUUCGAGGUGCUUCUCCAAAAUCUAAAGUAGAGUGGAAGGACAGUGAUGGAAACAUCCUUCCUGCUGAGGAGACACAGGUCACAGACAGAGGAGGCAGCUAUGACAUCAUCCUCCAAACUUCUGUGACCAAGACCGACCGCUAUCACUGUGUGGUCACACAGGAGGAAAUCAACCAUCAGAUUCAUACAGAGAUACCUGUGUAUAUCAUUGACGAAACCUGGAGCAAUGGUAAUGUUGCAUGCCUUGUUGCUGGAGUAAUUUUAGUCCUUCUUUGGGGUUGUUACAGUUUGUUUUUGUGCCAUCACAGGUGUAGAGAGAGACAGCAACAGAAAUUUGAACAUCUGAUGAACAGUAAUGUUCAGCACAUUGCUGGCUGUGGUACGAGGACUCAGACUGAACCUGAGGGUCUUCAGUCAUGUUCUGGGUCAGAGGGUUCAGAGACUGCAGAGAGAGAGGAGGAGCAGCAGCCACUGAAUACGGGUGCACAUGACUCACAGGCAACAGCACCCCCCGAUUCAAUGUUGUAGAGGAGUGUGUGUGUGUGUGUGUGUGUGUGUGUGUGUGUGUGUGUGUGUGUGUUGGGGGGGUAGUUGCGUGUGCGUCGCAGCUGACAAGCAGGUAUUGUAUAGCACUUUACAAAACACAGUUACAAAGGGCUCUAUGAGACAAAUAAGAUAGUAUACACUAUCAAGAUAAAAAAAAAGUUGAACAAAACCUCAGACCAGAUACAUCAGAGUGUGUAUGAAUGAAUAAAUAAUGAAAUAGAUGAAAGAAGGAUAGAAACUAGACAAACAACAGAUUUAGUGUAAAAAGCCUUCUAGUAAAGUGUGUUUUGAGGAGUGUUUUGAACGAAGACACUGAGUUUGCUAACCUAAGUUCCUCAGGUUAGGAGCUCCCCAGCUGUGGGGCUUUAACAGAAAAUGCCCCGUUUCCUUUUGGAACAACACGAGCUGUGGGAACAGUUAGGAAGGUCCUACCUGAGGAGCGCAGGCAGCGGCUAGGCUCAUAGGGCGUAAGUAAAUCUAUACUGUAUGUUGGAGCGAGGCCAUGUAGGGCUUUAAAGGGAAUUAGUAAGAGUUCAAAAUGAUUCUAUACUUAACAGGUAGCCUGUGUAGCGUUGCAAGGAGGGGAGUUAUGUAGUUUUGUCUCUUUGAAUCAGUCAAAAGUCUGGCAGCCGAGUUUUGAACGAGUGAGUUGGAGACAGGAAAUGGCCUUUUGGCUGAGCCCUGAGCACAGGGAAUUACAGUGAUCCAGACGUAAUGAGAUAAAAGCAUGAAUGACUUUUUCAAGGUCUGUAAAUAAAACUUGUGUUCUGGUCUUCACUAUGCUUUCAUCCUGUGACAUUAUACGUUUAUUUCUUGAAUAAUAAUUUAAACUUUAAAAAUAAUUUAAUUUUCACUGAAAUGCUGAGAUAUAGGCCUGCUGUAAAUUUAAAAAAAGUUUUCUUACACCUGUUGAAAUCAAGAAGGCCUCCAUAAUUCUACCUUAUUGCUAUGGGCUACUUCAUUUGCACUUUUCUAAGUUUUAAUGUUUGUCUCAAUAUUAUAUUAGUAUUAAGAAACCUGUUUUUAUAUUUCGUACCUUUACGCAUGUUUGCUCAUGUCUGUGCACUUUGUUGUGUUCAUGUGUCAGAGUGGUAUCAAUGUUCUCAUUUAACUAACAGAGUGAAUAUGCUUAUUUUUUAAAAUGUUGAACUUUUCCUUACAUACAACAAGCCAGAGUGUGUAGAGUCACUUUCAAACUGUUUAUGGUGUAAAUGUUGUCAUACACUUGUAUCCUGCUAUUAUGUGAUUUCUGUCAGUUCUGUUUAUCUGUUUAAAUGUUACUAUUCUACUGAAUAAAACAUGCUGACAUUA